ACUUCAAACAAAAUUAUGGAACUUCACAGUCAGGAUUUAAAGACAACACUGACAUUAUCUUUAGGAAGAUUUCACAUUUCUGAAGAUUGUGGUUUUCUUCUUCCAAAUCCUCUGAGAGAACUUCCCAAUCAUUACAGGCCUUGGAUGGAAAUUGCCAACGAACUUCCUCACUUCAUUGAGAGUCACCAGCUUCGAGCUCAAGUGAACAAGAUGCCCCUCCUGACCUGCCAGUUCCUCAGGAGUUACCGGGAACAGCGCCUGGCCCACCUGGUCCUGAGCCUCAUCACCAUGGGCUAUGUCUGGCAGGAAGGGGAGACACAGCCGCAAGAGGUGCUGCCAAGAAACCUUGCCCUUCCCCUUGUGGAAGUCUCCAGUACCCUGGGGCUCCCUCCUAUCUUGGUGCACUCAGACUUGGUGCUGACGAACUGGACCAUGAGGAAUCCUGAGAGACCCCUGAACAUCAGGAAUCUGGACAUCCUGUUCUCAUUUCCUGGGGGAGAAAGCCUGCGCGGUUUCAUUCUAGUGACUGUUUUGGUGGAGAAAGCAGCAGUACCUGGGAUUAAGGCAGUUGUUCAAGCAGUGAAUGCCAUCCUGCAGACCAGCCACGACUCCCUGCUCCAAGCCCUGCAGCAGCUGAGACUCUCCAUCCAGGACAUCACCAGAACCUUGGGACUAAUGCAUGAUUAUGUAGAUCCAGACAUAUUUUAUGCAGUCAUCCGGAUCUUUCUCUCUGGAUGGAAAGAUAACCCAGCAUUGCCGGUGGGGUUGAUAUACGAAGGAGUCUCCACAGAGCCCCUGAAAUACUCGGGAGGGAGUGCAGCUCAGAGCACAGUGCUUCACGCCUUUGAUGAGUUCUUGGGCAUCCGUCAUAGCAAGGAGAGUGGUGACUUUCUGCUCAAAAUGAGGGACUACAUGCCUCCUUCUCAUAAGGCCUUCAUAGAAGAAAUCCAGUCAGCUCCUUCACUGCGGCAUCAUGUCCUGUCCUCUGGAAAUGGCCAGCUUCUGAGCGCAUAUAACCAAUGUGUGGAGGCCCUGGCAGGGCUGCGCAGCUAUCAUAUAACCAUGGUGACCAAAUACCUCAUCACAGCUGCAGCCAAAGCAAAGGGCAGGAAGACAAGCCAUCUCCCAGAGCCACCUCAGGCCUUAGAAGAUAGGGGCACGGGAGGAACCCCAGUGCUGAGCUUCCUGAAGAGUGUCAGGAAUAAGACCUUAGAGGCCAUCCUCCCACAAAGUGCUUGAGAAAGUCCUUCUCCCCAGCAAUGCAAAAGCAGCGAAUGCCCCGUUGGAGAGCAGGUGGGCCUGGAGAAUGAAGGUCAGGGUUCUGUCUGGAAAACCCCGAAAUCAACCUCAGCCUCAUUCAUGUUCCAGCUCUAUAGAACAUCAUCUUCUCCUUUGUUGAAACCUUUCUCUACCUGAUCACUGGUUAAUAACCAACAACUGUGGACGCUGCCUCUUUCAGGAUCCCACAGAGGAGCAAGGGUAAACCCUAUUCUGUUUGCAAAGUGGUGGAAAACCAAUCAAAUGUUUAGAAAACCAAAAAAAUUUCCUGUGGACAGAAAUAUUCGUGCCUUCAUUAAUUCACUUAACAAUGUAUUAAGUUCCUACUGAGUGCAGCAUAGGCAUUAGAACAAGGGUUUCUGUGGCCCGGCCUGGCCCUCGUCCCCCUGUAUGUGUUGGUUUGGGGGGAUGAGGAGGAAUGAGGAAGCUAACAAGACUCGGAAGUCACCAGUAGGAAAAUGAAUAAUGACACGGGAGUGAUGAGAAUCUUCCAUAUGGUUCAUAAUUGUGCAGAUUCUAUUUUAGCUUCCUUCUUUAUUUUUUGAAGAAUGAUCCUUUCUCCUUACACUGAAAGAUUGUAUUUGUAAAAUGAAUUAAUUAACCCUUUAGAAGUAAAUGAGCAAUGUGGGAAUAAAUAGUAAAUCCAUAUGUUUACAAGAUCUCAUUCUACCUGACAGUACAAAGCUAGAAAACUUGAAUCUUGCCUAUUUAGGAUAAACUCCACUAAUUUAGACAUGCUCCCCACUCUGAACAUACAUGUAUAUCUGGGAUAGUAUGUGAAUUCCACAGCAUUAGAUCUAGUGUUGUGGCCUCAGGGAGAGGUACCUGAUCGUGGGGGCAGCUUCUGUCCAAACCAGUGUCUGCUGAGCCGUCCCCUUCUCCAUAGAGGGACGGGUCAGAUGGAGCUCACCACCUGUCUUAGCCUGUCUGAAAGAACUUUCCGAUUUCUCAGCCUCAAGUCCUUUUGUGCCACUUAGAAAACAAUUUGACUACUUUCCACAUCUCCCAGCAGUAUUGGAAGACAACAGGAUUGGCUCCAUAUCUGCCCAGCACUCCUCUAGAGCAGCAGUUCUCAACCUGGGGGUCGCGACCCCUUUGGGGGUCCAAUGACCCUUUCACAGGGGUCGCCUAAGACCAUCAGAAAACACAUAUU